CCCUCCCCCUCCUGGCGGCUGAGGAGGCGCCUGAGAGCGGCUGCACCCUCCCCAGCCCCACUGCAGGGAGGAGGAGGAAGAGGAGGAGGAGCCGCCGCCUGCGGGGAAGGGGGACACAGGCACAAAUCCAUAUGGAGGAUGAAACUCUUCCUGCUCAAGAAGUCAGUGCCAAGGUCUUGGAGGCAACAUUGUUGUCAGCCCUGAAGAUGCUGGAUGUUGGGAAAUGGCCAAUUUUUUCUCUUUGUUCACAAGAAGAGCUCAAGUUAAUUCGUCAAGCUUGUGUGUUUGGCAGUGCUGGUAAUGAAGUGUUGUAUGCAACUGAAAAUGAUGAGGUUUUUGUGCUUGGCAUGAACUGCAGUGGGUGUUUGGGAACAGGAGACAUCCAAAGCACUAUUGAACCAAAGAGAUUAGAUUCUCUGUGUGGCAAAAAGAUUGCCUGUCUGAGUUAUGGAAGUGGUCCUCAUGUUGUUCUUGCUACAGAAGAAGGAGAAGUGUAUACAUGGGGUCAUAAUGCUUAUAGCCAGUUGGGCAAUGGUACAACAAAUCAUGGUUUGGUUCCCUGUCAAGUCUCCACUAACUUGGUGAACAAGAAAGUCGUUGAAGUUGCUUGUGGCUCUCAUCAUUCUAUGGUGUUAACAUCUGAUGGAGAGGUAUACACAUGGGGUUAUAAUAACUCAGGCCAGGUUGGGUCUGGCUCAACAGCUAAUCAACCAAUUCCUCGAAGAGUUACCAGCUGCCUACAAAAUAAAAUAGUAGUUAACAUAGCUUGUGGACAGAUGUGCUCCAUGGCUGUGGUGGAAAACGGAGAGGUCUAUGUCUGGGGUUACAAUGGUAAUGGGCAGCUUGGACUGGGCAGCAGUGGUAAUCAGCCAACGCCAUGCCGAAUUGCAGCCUUGCAAGGCAUUCGUGUACAGAGGGUUGCCUGUGGCUGUGCACAUACGUUAGUGCUAACAGAUGAAGGUCAGAUUUAUGCCUGGGGAGCCAAUUCAUAUGGCCAGUUAGGUACUGGGAAUAAAAGUAACCAGUCUUACCCUACAACAGUUAUUGUGGAUAAGGACAGAGUUAUAGAGAUCGCAGCCUGCCACUCUGCUCACACUUCGGCUGCCAAGACCCAGAGUGGCCAGGUGUACAUGUGGGGCCAGUGCCGUGGCCAGUCUGUGGUCCUUCCCCACCUCACUCACUUUGCCUGCACUGACGAUGUGUUUGCUUGCUUUGCUACCCCUGCCGUUAUGUGGCGUCUUCUGUCAGUAGAGCCUGACGACCAUCUAACAGUAGCCCAGUCACUGAAGAAGGAAUUUGACAACCCUGAAACUGCAGACCUAAAGUUUCUAGUGGAUGGAAAGUACAUCCACGUCCAUAAAGUUCUUCUCAAAAUUAGGUGUGAACAUUUUCGUUCCGUACUGAACAGUGAUGAUGAAAUUAUAGAAAUGAGUGAAUUUUCUUACCCUGUUUACCGAGCCUUCCUGGAAUACCUGUAUACAGACAGUAUUAGGCUCCCUCCUGAAGAUGCAAUAGGACUGCUAGAUUUGGCAACACUCUAUCGAGAAAACAGAUUGAAAAAGCUUUGCCAGCAAACAAUCAAACAAGGCAUUUGUGAAGAGAAUGCGAUUGCUCUUCUUUCUGCCGCUGUCAAAUAUGAAGCUCAGGACUUGGAAGAAUUUUGCUUCAGAUUUUGCAUAAAUCAUUUAACUGUUGUUACACAAACGCAAGGCUUUGCAGAAAUGGACCACGAUCUCCUGAAAAACUUCAUUAGCAAAGCAAGCAGAGUGGGAGCAUUCCGAAAUUGAGACCCGAGUACCACCAAGCUGAAGAGCACAUCCUCUUCCCUCCUGGAAAUACUUCUCCCUUGGAGAACUUACCCGUGGUCAGAACGUGCAGAGGUGUGGAAAGAAAGACUUGGUGUCCACCAGCUUAGGAAGUGUCUCGAAGUCUGCUCACGUACAGCUUUUGGAAAGAUGACUUCCAGCGUAGAUGUAUGGUGAGAGUUCAUUGCCAGCAGUCAGAAUUUGACAGCAGAAUCUAAUACAGUAACUUCCCUUUCCCACUUAAGCAAACUAAGCUGUCAUUAUCUCGCCUAUUUUGAGUAUUUGCUUUUCGGUUUUUUAAACAACCUGUAUCUGGAUUUUAUGAGGCAGUGACGUGUUUGCUGCUAAAACUUCUAUAGUGUACUUUUAUCACCAAACUAAGUUGAUAUGCCGUAGUGGGCUUCUUUGUGCCUGGUUUAUCAUCCAGUGAAGAUACAAACUUGUUUUUCUGAAUACGUGCUAUCAAUUUUGUUGCAAGGAGAGGCUUUCUGAUUGGUAGGAGGUUUUGUCUCGCUACAUGUUCAUUUGGAGUGUAAAUACUUAAACCAUGAAGAGCUUCAGCUAGAUAUCACAGGAUAUAGUUCCUGGCAGUUACGCCCAUUGUUCUAGACAAUGACAAAACUCUUUCUCUCCAUUACAGCAAGCAUGUUCCCUGGCACCCCAGUGGGGCAGUAAACAUUCAAUAGUAUCGGUCUGGACACGAAUUACUGUUUUCUGAGUGUUUCUGAGCACUCUGAAAAACAUCUGGUUGCUCGUUACUAAGAAAAAGAAACCCGAAUGAAAUCUCCAGGAAAGGGAAGUUCCACUUGAGGUUUGUUUGUUUAUUCUUGUCUUACUGCCUGUCCCCAGAUAGAUUAUUUUACGAAAAGUGGAGAAAGAAGAUAAUUUUAAAGCGAAAAAAAUCGGUCUUAUGAUUAAAUCAUGGAAGUGAGACUCAGGCCAUUUUCCUUCUGGCAAUAGGGCACCCUGUCCAAAUACGUUGCCGCAGGUUCUCCGUUGGUCCCUAAGGGGGACCACACCACGUGCAUUACAUGGCUACUUUAGGUGAGAGGAGAUGCCCUCCGGACGUGCCUCUCAUAUCACUGACCAUCAAGGGCGAUGGGAUGGCUCACCUGGAGUGGGUACUUGAUUUCUCACUGACUACAGUGAGCGAAGAUGAAAUCCCGCUUCGUGUUACGCAGAGGGGGGUUGCCCCUUUACGGAAGAUGCUGAGCUCAUGAAGCAGUUACUUCUAUUUUUUUUUUAACAGGCAACUGUAAAUUAACUCUGAGAAAUUAUUUAUCUUGAAAGACUGCGUGAAGUGGCUUUAAGGGCCUUUUGUGGGAUUUUACAAGUGCAGAAGGCAAGAAGCUGACUGUCUAGGCUCUGUGCACGGAUACGUCAUGCAGCCUUCACUCAGACCCUUGCUCUCACACAGAAUCCUUUGGUGACUUACCCUCAUCCUCACGUGUGGUUUCCAAGAACCACAUUUAAUUCCCUUAACUGAUCUCAGCUUCAUUUCGUCAUUUCUGAAGUGGAAAUAGCGGUCCUUCAUUAUGUCAGAUUAUUAUUUCUCAAGCAAUCAUAUUCCUUGAGGAGGAGGAAGAGGAGAAGCAAGUCUGAAGAGAAGAUGAGGAGAAGGAGCGAGUAGUUCCUCUUUUCACAUCAGGCUCUGCGGCUGUGAUUGGCUGGGUGAGGUGUGCAGCAAAAUUUACAUAGGAAGAGGGCUGGAAGCAAAUUAAUUUGGAAAAAUGCUCUGGUGAAAAGAAAUCACUUCUGUUUUCAAACCAUCACUAGAAAGAUACUGAAUUACCUACUGCUACCACGCUUUUUUUCCAUCCCCUGAUCAUACAGCUUUGUCCAGCAGCCUAACUCCAUCCUUCAGUAGCUGUGUCACUAUUUUAUAUUCAAACAGACCUGGUCAAAACUUUUCAGUACAUAAUGCAGUUUCAUCAAAACCACAACUUCCCUCGGGGGGGGGGGGAAGAUCUGUUUUGAUAAUUCUGCGUUGAAAGGCACUUGAUGCAGGCACGCAGAUAAAACAGUAUUCAGAAUGGGGGCACAAGUUUACUGCAAACCUCACGGGUUUUGGUUAAAACAUCUUUGCCCAGCAUUAAUGAUAUCAAGAACACAGAUAUAAGGCAAUGCUACAUGAGCCGAGACCGGGGAAGUCCAAACCUUUUGGGUGAGCCAGGAAUGGAUGGGGGUGAAGCCUUUGUCCCCUUCACCCCUGGGCCCGAGACCAGCCUGGGUAGUUAUGAAAUGAUAAGUUC